AUGACCCAAGAACGAGCUUCAUACGGAAUCAUCUCCACACUUCAAUACAAAGACCACCUCAACCAAGAGCUCAUGUCUGGAAUAAUUGACCCAUCACUUACUGCUAUCAAUGUUGAGGCUAUUCACAUGAAUAAACCUCGCCGUGUGCUUGAGGCCGAAUCAGACCAGGAAAACCCACCAGCAAAGAAAAAGAAAGCAACGACAAAGAAAUCCACGCUGGAGGCCGAUUCGGACCAGGAAAACCCAUUGGCAAAGAAAAAGAAGGCAACCGCAAAAAAAUCUGGCACCACAAAGAGCAAUGAAGUCAGAGCUCCUAAAAACCAGAAGAAACCCAUGAAAAAGAAACCCAACAAGAAGGCCGCGAAUACUGCUCCCUUGUCAGAUAAAACUGAGAACACCAAUCCCCAAGUCGAUACAACUGAUUCGGCGAAAACUCGCACUCGCUACCAAGAACACGAGGACAUUCAGAUCUGCAAGUCCUGGCUCGAGAUUUCCCAAGAUCCUCUCAACUCAACCAACCAGACGGCCGAUACUUUCUGGAACCGUGUCGCUGAGAACUUUGCAAAGUUUUUGCCUGAUGAGAGCCAGAGUGGAGUCAGCAUCAAGAGUCGAUGGCAAGUUCUCCAGCGAAGGAUUAACAAGUUUUCUGGAUGCGUGAAGCAAGUGGAACUCUCAAUUCAGAGUGGAACAACGGUUGAGGAUCGCUUGUCUAGUGCACUCAAGCUCUACAAGGCUCUCUCGGAGAGACCUUUUCUCACCUACGCU